AUGCUUCGGCUAUUGAACGCUUUGGCCUUGGUUGGCGUUGCUUCGGCAUUGCCUUCUGACUCAAAACCCACCUUCAAACCCAGCAAGGCCACAGCAAAUCUCCCAUACCGAAACUCCUCACUAUGCGUCGAAUCCCGUGUCGACGACCUUCUCUCCCGCAUGACGGUAGAAGAAAAGGCCGGUCAAAUGUUCCAAACGCUCUUAUUCUCCGGCCCCAACGGAACUCUUGAGCAAGCCAACCCAGAGAUGAACAGCUCGGAAUUCAUGAUCGGAACACAGCUCAUGACCCAUUUUAAUCUGGCUAUUCAGAUUGAAGACGUCAAGGAAGCUGCCAAGUUCACGAACAGAGUUCAGCAACGGGCUUUGGAGACAAGACUUGGUAUUCCUGUAACUAUCUCGACUGAUCCGCGCCAUGCUUUCACGGAUGAUAUUCGUACGGGAUUCCAAGCUGGUGGUUUUUCGCAGUGGCCUGAGACUGUAGGACUUGCAGCUCUACGCUCAGCUGAGACUGUGCAGCGCUUUGCGGAGAUUGCACGAGAGGAAUAUCUCGCCGUCGGUAUUCGCGCUGCUCUUCAUCCUCAAGUGGAUCUUGCUACUGAACCCCGCUGGCCUCGCAACCGCAACGGUUUCGGUGAAGAUGCCAACCUGACUGCUACACUACUGAGCUCUUACAUCAAGGGUUUCCAGGGUGAAGUCUUUGGUCGUCGUUCCGUUUCUACAGUGACGAAGCACUUCCCAGGUGCAGGUUCGGCUGCGCAUGGUCACGAUGCGCAUAAUGCAUUCGGCAUGAACUCUACUUAUCCCGGCGACAAUUUUGACUACCAUCUCAUUCCCUUCAAGGCAGCUAUCGAGGUCGGUGCCAGACAGAUGAUGCCUUACUACAGCCGUCCUGUCGGAACGGAAUAUGAGGCUGUUGGCUUCUCUUUCAACAAGGCCAUCGUUACUGGUCUUCUCAAGGAGACUCUCGGGUUUGAAGGCAUCGUGUUGACUGAUUGGGGUCUUGUUACGGAUACCACCGUUCAGGGCAAGAAGUGGGAGGCCAAGGCUUGGGGUGUUGAGAGUCUUACUGAACUCCAGAGGGUUGAGAGGGUUAUUGACUCUGGCUGUGAUCAAUUCGGUGGUGAGACUCGACCUGAGCUUGUGGUUGAGCUUGUCAAGAAGGGUGUCAUAUCUGAAGAUCGCAUCGAUACCUCCGUCCGCAAACUUCUGCGCGAGAAAUUCCUUCUUGGUCUUUUCGACAAUCCCUUCGUGGAUCCCGAAGAAGCCACAGCCGUCGUGGGCAACCCAUACUUCCGCCGCAUGGGCAUGGAAGUUCAACGAAAGUCUUACACUCUUCUCACUAACAAAAACAAUAUCCUUCCCCUACGCGACCUCUCCAAGAAGACCAAGAUCUACGUCGAAGGAUUCAACAGCACAUUCAUCAAAGACCGUGGCUUCCAAGUAGUAACCAACUACAAAAAGGCAGACUACGCCAUCCUGCGUCUCAAAGCCCCAAGUGCACCCGCCGACCCCAUCGAAAAAGGCACCGAUCUCGAAUCCGGAAGUUUAGAAUACAACAAGAAAGAAAAAGCCCGUCAAGCCAAAAUCUUCAAGGCUGUCCCUACCAUCGUCGACAUCAACUUUAACCGUCCAGCCGCUGUACCUGAAGUAGCAGAGUACGCUGCUGCUUUGUUUGCUAGUUAUGGAAGUAGCACAGAGGCAUUUUUGGAUGUGGUGUUUAAUGUGGAUGGGGCUCAGCCAGAGGGGAAGUUGCCUUUUGAUUUGCCGAGGAGUGAUGAGGCUGUUGAGAAGAAUUUCGAAGAUGUGCCUUUUGAUACGGAGGAUCCUGUUUUUAAGUUUGGACAUGGACUUAGAUACGAGUCUGUUUGUGCUUAG